AUGGACUUCGAGCAACCAGAUCGGUACGGAAACAGGAGGGGCUACCAGCGGGCGGGGCCGUCUCAGGUUCCAGACAGAAGCAACAAGGUAUGCUUACACUGGCAGGCGGGGCGAUGCAGCCGUCACCCGUGUCCCUUUCUCCAUAGCGACCCGCCGCAGACCGUGCUCGCCGAUGGCGCUGCCAAGCGGGGGCACUUGCAAGGCCACGUGUCUAGAAAUAUUGCCUCUGCGGGUGCGCCACCCUCCAAGUGGGGUAAGGGUCGAGCGGGUGGCAAGGCUCUCGACAAAAUAUGCAAUUACUUCCUCGCUGGAAAUUGUAGUUUCGGAGAUAAGUGUAGGUUCCUGCAUUCAUGGUUCAUGAGCGAUAGCUUCUCUCUCUUGACCCAACUCCAGGGGCAUCAAAAGGUAGUGACUGGUAUCGCUCUGCCUUCAGGGUCUGAUAAACUCUACUCUUGUAGCAAGGAUGAGUCUGUUCGUGUUUGGGAUACUCAAACUGGGAAGUGCGUUGGAGCCAUCAAUAUGGGAGGUGAGGUUGGAUGUAUGACCAAUGAAGGUCCUUGGUUAUUUAUUGGAGUUGUGAAUGCUGUCAAGGCAUGGAACACACAAACAACAACAGAACAAGGCCUUGAUGGCCCUGUCGGACAAGUUUACGCUUUGACCGUUGGUAAUGGUAUGCUAUUUGCUGGAACACAGGAAAGUGAAAGUGAGGAUGAUGGCCUUGACAUGGGUGAUGAUGAUGAUGUUGAGGAACCUGAAAAUGAACCAGAGACAAGAAGCAAUUGGAGCAAAGUAGUGAAGGGGAGAAGAAAGAAAGUGCUGGUGCUCCUUCAGAGAAUAGAAUCUUAAAGAAGAAGAAAUCCAAGAAAGAAAAAUCAUCAAAGGAACAGGAGGAGCAUGAUCA